GCCCGAAAAUAACUAUACCAUUGUUCAGACGACCGAACAUAAAGACACAUUUUUAUCUGUGCUGCCUUCGUUAUGGACAAUAAAAAACGGAUGGAGAUCGUAUGGGUCGGACGAUUUAAAUAAUGAUGAUAACGGCGUUCCGUGAGAUGAAGCUACUGGAAAUGAAUUCCGAUACGGAAGAACACGACACAAUGACGAAAAUGAGAAAAGUCUCAACGGCAGCUGACCUUUUCAAGCAUAUCCAACAAUCAAACGCAGGGCCAUCUCGAGAAUCUGCAGUUUCAAUCCUAGGCGUCCAAAUUGCUGAAAGUCCGUCGUCUGAAUCAAUAAAUGAAUCACAAGGCGAUCUGGAAUGCAACAGUUUAUCACAGUUGAAGAUGAGCGGAAGUGAUAAAAAUCGAUUCCCAGCAUCUGGGCAAAAUCCUUCGUUGAAUAUGUUGAAUUCUGAUGAUGAUUUUACUGAAAAACCGGAUCUACUCAGAUUUAUGCAAUCUCUACAUGAAAAGACCGAUAAACACACAAGGAUGAUUGAGGAAUGCAAGCUCGUAGGGAACAGAUCUGUUGCGCUUCUGUCUCAGGUCAAUGCAAAGCUAGAUAUUCUUGCCAAUCAAGUCAACAUGAAACUUGACGCCUUUGGCUCGCAUCAUUCACAUCAAACUGAACCGAUGUGCAUCGAAACAAGGAAUGUUCCGUUGAGUCCAAUCAAAAGUUUCGAGGAAUUUGAAUCUGUUGAGAAAAAAGCAAAUAAACAGUUCAUUGAUGCUGUCGUUCAAUAUUUCGGCUCUAUGCAUGGGAAGAACCGAUAUGUUGGUGAAGGCGGAACUGUUUGUCUGCAGAUUGUUGAUUAUUUCUUCGACAGGGAAUUUUUACUGAACUGUUCAUGGACCGGUACGAGAAGACGAUUAGAUAAGAGCAAUGAUUUAAUGAAUGCUUCGAAGAUUCCUUUCCACAAGUUUGAUGGAGUAAUUAAUUUGUUCCAUAGAGUGGUCAUGUUUUCCGAUCCGUUGUAUCCGUUAGUGGAAUGUCAGAAUUUUCUUAAACGUUGUUUGAGAAACGCCCAGCAACGGUUUAGAGAAAUCAAAGGUAUCAGAGCUCCGGUGGCAAGAAGGAAGCGUAAGCGAAAUACAAACCAAUCUGUUCUAUUUAGCAUGGCUGACGAAAAAGAGCAUCAAAAUAACGAGAACAAUGAAGAAGAAGAGCAAUUACUGAAGUAUGAAGGACCGGAUGAAAUGGAUAUUACUCAGAGUGAAACUGUUAUUGUUAUCUUCUUGAAUGAUUCCUUAUGUAUAAUAAAUCUACUGAGCCCGUAUUAUCACGGAUAUCAAAUGCAAAAACCUAUGCUUCUAUAUAUUGAUACAUUUUAA